UUAUUUAUGCGCAUGGGCAUACACAAGUAUCAAUAAGUGCCAUGUAAAUUAAAACCAAUAUCAAUUGUUACUGUUAUCUGAAGUUUGGGUCAUGAAUAGUAUUAAAAAAUCAACAUUUAUUAUUUAAUUGGUCAAAAUUAGCUGCAUAAUUUCAACUUGACCAGUCCUAAAAAUAUUUAAAGGCUAAAUUAUAACAAAAGUUAUAAAUACAAAUAAAAAAAAUAAAAAGAUUUAUUAAUUAAAAGAUUUCAGAUUAACGGAAGUACCGUUAUUGAAUAGUAAAAUGAGUGUCGUUGGUAAACAACUUAACACCAUAUCAACUAAUAGUGAAAUAAAUGCGAAAGAUAUACGGGAAACAAGCGGUAAAACAUCUAUGCUAGGAAAGUGUAUAUCCCCUAGCGAUGUGCUGAAUUUAAAUGAAAUCACAGAGAACUAUUUAUGUUCAAUACAUGACAACAUCUACGAUAUUGAUUUUACACGCUUUAAAAUACGUGACCUGGAUUCAGGUGCAAUAUUAUUUGAAAUAGCUAAGCCAAGUGGUCAGUUUUCUCCCAGUUUGGAAGACAAAUUGAUUGAAGCGGCUGGGGGAAUGUCCAUUGAGGAUUCAGUGGAUGCUAAUGCUGGCCGAUAUGUGCGAUACCAGUUUACUCCUGCUUUUCUCGGAUUAAAAAAUGUUGGUGCAACCGUUGAAUUCACCGUUGGUGGUAAACCUGUUAAUAAUUUUCGGAUGAUUGAACGACACUUCUUUCGAGAUCGCCUAUUAAAAACAUUUGAUUUUGAAUUUGGAUACUGCAUUCCAUACUCAAGAAACUCCUGUGAACAUAUUUAUGAGUUCCCUAAUCUACCAUCUGAAUUAGUUUCAGAAAUGAUCGCUUGCCCGUUUGAAACUCGUUCAGAUAGUUUUUAUUUUGUCGAAAAUCGUCUAAUCAUGCACAACAAAGCCGAUUACGCUUAUGAUGGAGGUUUACUUAUAUAAUUACAUUGAACAAAUUUGUAAUAAAUUCUCACCAGAAGCCACAAAAGCCUUAUUAUUAUUAUUGUCGUAUAAUUAACUGUUAAUUUAUGUAUAAGAAACUAAAGCUAAUAAACAUAUUUUAAUUCCGGUCUAUU